GGGCCUCAGCCAGGGCAGCCCUUCAAGUUCACAGUGGCGGAAUCAUGCGAUCGUAUCAAGGAAGAGUUCAGUUUCCUACAAGCACAGUAUCAUACGUUGAAAAUGGAGUGUGAAAAACUGGCACAGGAGAAAACAGAGAUGCAGAGGCACUAUGUUAUGUACUACGAGAUGUCAUAUGGGCUGAACGUUGAAAUGCACAAACAGACGGAGAUCGCCAAGCGCCUCAACGCCAUCUGUGCCCAGGUCAUACCGUUCUUGUCGCAAGAGCACCAACAACAGGUGGCGGCGGCGGUAGAGCGGGCCAAGCAGGUGACCAUGCAGGAGCUUAACGCCAUUAUAGGGGUAUCAGGACUGCAGCCCCCGAUCCCGCCGGCCUCAAGUGGGUCUGGAUUUCUCGGCUUUGCUCAAGGAGUUUUCCACAUGCCCCAGGGCCUGGCUGCUCUCAAAGAAGACAAAGGAGCUGAUGAGAAGCAUAGACGUUCUGCUUCUCCUCUAGACAGAGACAAAUACAGACACCGGAGUAGGACACCGGAACAUAGUGAGCUGUCAAAGAAGAGACGGGCAGAAGAAAAGGCAGCAGAGAGUGAUGGUGAAAAAAGUGACCAGGACCUCGUUGUUGAUGACAACACUUCCCCUGCCAAUGGGGACAUGUCUCCCAGAGAGAAGCAUGCGCUCAAAGAUGCGUUGAAAAAAGACCAGGACAGAGACAGAAUCAGUCCACGAAGUGAUGCUUCGUCCCAUUCUAGUUCAUCUUCAAAACCUAAAGAGAGUGAGAAAGCGGGGACCCCGGUUUCCAAACCAACAACACCCACAAACACAGGCAGCAGCACUCCAGGACCAUCAGUAGGCAUCAAACAUGGCAGCUCACUGGCAAAUGGCUUGGCUUCGAGUGCAUUGAACAGUUUUCCAAGGGCUCCAAUGGUGGGAUUUGAAGCUCACGUUUCCCACAGUGCAAUGAGACCAACACUGAACAACAUACCUGGCGGAAAGCCAGCAUAUUCAUUCCAUGUCAGCGGAGACGGCCAAAUGCAGCCUGUUACUUUCCCGCCAGACGCUCUUAUUGGCCCUGGCAUCCCCAGGCACGCACGGCAGAUUAACACAUUAAACCACGGAGAGGUUGUGUGUGCUGUCACUGUUAGCAACCCAACCAGGCAUGUCUAUACUGGAGGCAAG